GUAGUUGCGUUAAUUCCUAAUUUUUCUACUUAAUUAAAUUUGUGAAUGAGAUAUAAUCCCGUCUUAACAACUAUAAUAUGUCAAACUAUUCUUCAAGUCAGACAAGUACAAUAAUAAAAGUUUGGUAAUAAAAAUGACAGUAAUAGGGACUGAAGUAGAACAUAUAGUGAAUGGGUGGUAAAUUUGAGCUGCGGGGAGACAGAUUUUCCACUUCAACCAAAAAUACCAGUUAAAACCAAUCACUAUUUUGUUGUACAAAUAAACAAAAGUGGAAAAUUGUAGACAAUUCUCAAAAUAUUAAGAACUUGUACCUAGCAUAUGUAAGCAGCACCAGUGCAAUCUAUAAACGGUGUGGGAGUAGACGUGUGCCUCUUAACGAAAAUGCUCUCCAUUCAGCAAGUGAUCAAAGCUCUCCGAAAGCUACAAAACAGUAGGGCUAAAAACAUUGGCGGGGAGUUAAUAAAACAAAACUUCAAUCGAAUUGUGGCUGAAUCGUCAGUAGCCACUACUAAAUCUGAAAAUGUAUUGGAAGCGAUACCAGCGUUUGUGGGCGCAAUUUCUCCACCCAAUGAAAAUGCAUUUCUGUUGGCACCGACGACUGUGACGUCACCACAAUCGUUAACCGAUGAGAUGAUAUCACCACAACAACAACAUUUGCAACCCCACCAAAUUGAGAAUAAGCAACAGCUGUUCCUCGCAACUAAUUCUAGUCAUCGACAACAAACAUAUCAGCCACUGCGGCAUUCACAAGCAUACGAAGUUAAAUGUGGAACAGGUCUACAACGUACCGUCAGUGUCGAUUUGCCAGCGAUUGAAAACGGUAGUGUCAGAGUUGGUGCGAGAGACCAAAUUGGCGUAAAUUCAUAUAAGAUUACAACAGCAAAUGCGAAUGCUUCAAAUUAUAGAAAAGCAAUUGUGUCCGGAACUAUAACACGCUCUCAACAGAUACAGAAGUUCUAUCAGCAGCAUCUACAUCACUUCCAUACACAAAACAAUCAAAAUUUUGAAAAUAAGCAAACACAAUAUAACGCAAUGUCAUCACUAGCUGCUGAACCUAAAACUUUGAAGCAGGAUGAACAAACUGCGGCUGCCACAAAUGGGCAACAUACCUCAGAGGACGGAAACACCACCAGUAAUGGUAGCAGUUGUAAUGGCAAUGAACAGAAAAAUUCUUCUGGUAAGCCAUGCUUUAACGCCGGGCUGGGCCAAAUACUACAGUUUAUGGAGUUAAUUGGCAAUUUAAAGCAUACGAAGCGUACGGGAUGGGUGCUGCGCAACGUCAGUGACCCCGAAUCUAUAUCAGGCCAUAUGUAUCGCAUGGGUAUGAUGACAUUUCUACUGGACGGUAGCGAGGGUCUUAAUCAGAUACGCUGCAUGGAAUUGGCAUUAGUGCAUGAUCUGGCCGAGAGUGUGGUUGGUGAUCUAACUCCUUUCUGUGGCGUCUCCAAAGCAGACAAACGCGCUAUGGAAUUCAAGGCAAUGGAAGACAUUUGCAAGUUAAUAGAACCGCGCGGCAAGCGUAUCAUGGAACUUUUUGAGGAAUACGAAGCAGGCGAAAGUGCUGAAUCGAAAUUCGUCAAAGACCUCGAUCGACUCGACAUGAUUAUGCAAGCAUUUGAAUAUGAGAAACGUGAUAAUUGUCUAUUGAAACAUCAGGAAUUCUUCGAUUCUACAGAGGGUAAAUUCAAUCAUCCAUUCAUCAAGAAAUUGGUUGAUGAAAUCUACGACCAGCGACAGAAUUUGGCGCGCGCCGAAGGUGCUACGCCACCACCGCCAGUGCAUGUGCCCGACAUUGAGGCAUUGCCCAGCACUAAUGGUCUACAGAAGAGCGCGGAUGCUGCGCCAGCGGUUGAGGAACCAGCCGUGGAAUCGCCAAAGAACCAAACCAGCACCACUAGUUGAUUGCGCAGCAGCACGCAAAGCAUGCAAAAGUCGUAAAAAAAUAGCAGCACUGGCAAAAUAUAUAUGCCACAGCAACUGUCAUUCACGGAUUUGUUUGACAAGUUUUUAAAUAAUAUUCUCUCGGUUAAGUUAAAUAAAAGAAUAAUCGCGGUAGUUAGUACUUUAUUCUGUGCAUAGUAGAUUUUAAUUUUUCUUUUGCACUAAGCCAACAAUCAAAAGAAAACUAACUGUAUUGAACAAAUUUUAUUUAAUUUAUCAUUCGUCUUAGUGCACAUGGUAUUUAAAAGUGUCAUUUUCAAUAGUCUAAGUUAAAAUAAAAUAUAAUUUAAUAAUCAUUAUAUUACCUGCACGCUACAACAUAAGGUUGUAAAAUGAGGAUUUUAACGAUGUUUUUAAUUGUUAUUGUAAUACAAAAUCAGUGAAACUAUAUUCAUAAACAUUAUAAGUUUAUAAGUAUCUCAUUGUUCCAUGCUACAUUGUAAUUUACUGUAAUAGCAAAUUUAAUCGGCGUUAUAGACACUUAUGCAAUUUAAUUUGUACAAAACUAACAACAUUAAAAGCACUGGAUUUUGUUGUAACAGCAUAAAAUAACCAACAUGAUGCUUCAGUGACAGUCCUUUGUAGAAUAUAACAAAUACCGGUGUGGUAGAUUCGACUGUGGUAGGUAUGAUUAAUUCUGUGGUAGACGUUAAAACAGCAUCCUUGGCUUAAAGGUCUGUCCUUUGGUACCACGACAAUCAUUACCAUGUGCAGUAACAGUUAAAUAAGACUGAAGAAAUUAAACGGAUUGCAAAUUUAUGAGCGCUAACAUUAAAAUUGUAUUGAAUACAAGUGUCACAUGCCAUGAGAAACUCAUUGAAAAACUACAGCAUAUAAGGUCAGUUUCUUAAUUUAGGUUUAUCUACUCUUUUAAUAACUACUGUUAUUGUUGUAAUAUUUUAUGAAGCAAACGCAUUGUGAUAAUUCUCAUCCUUUUAUUUCAUUUGCAAUUGCACCAACGAUUACCUUUGAAUAAUAUUGUUUAUUUACAAUAGGUGAGAUACUUAACAGUGAAUCUGCUUUAUUUUUUAACGAAGAAUAUUAUUUAUUAACAACAAGUUUUUAAACAAAAGGCUAAAAGUUAAAAUACUUUCCGAAUUUUUAAAUAAACUGCACGUAAAAAGAGUAUUUAAAUCAAAAAUCAAAAUGACCAACGGCAUUAUCUAAAUAUAAUUCCUUUAUAUUAAUAAUUUUCUCGCAGAAAACAUACAAUUAUCAUCUAGCUACUUUAUUUUUAUUUAAACAACUUAGAAUUAAGCUUUUAGCUUAAUUUUAAGACACUUAACACAUGUACUAUGUAUUUAAUAGAAGGGAAAUGCUUUAGAGGCAAACACUUGUAAACAAAGUUAAUACAUACAGACGCAUUCGCAUAUGGUAUAAAAGUUGUAUUCUUGUAAUGAAAAUGACUUAUGUUAUGUUGAAUGAUAA